UUUUAAUGACAUCCAAGUUGGCUUUUAAUUAUGCCUCAAACGUCAUUCAGGUGCAGAAUCUCGUGGUAAAUUAUCGCUGAAUAGACUGUAAUCCAUUCGGACUCGAGAUCGACGCUUUUGGGUUGAUUUAAGCCAAAAUGUCAGAUGGUAAAAGCUCUCAACAAGAAGGCAGCAUGGUGGGUCUAAUCUGUGACGACGGAUUGAUUUUGGCCACCAGUUCGAGUGACAAUCUUCUUUACCACCUGGAGGAUCACAUUUAUUGCUGUGCCCCUCGUUUCGGCAUUGACCGAGAAAAAAUUCUCGCUGUGGGAGCAGAGGUGGACUCCCAAACCCGUGAACGGGGUGAAAAGAUGACAGUUGGCCAGGUGCGGGACAUGUUGUGCCAGAAAUACAAACAUGAGGAGUGCGUGAAUGUCCUGCUAGGUGGCCAGGAUCCACUUGGCCUGCAUAUUUACAGCUUAAAACCGAACGGAGGUUCCAGAAGGGUGAUUUACGCAGCAAAAGGCAAAGAAUCAAAUCACACAGUGGCCUAUUUGGGGGAGCACUGGAACGAGUCCUUGAAAGUCCAUCAAGCUGAGCAGAUAGCUAAGGAAUCGCUCCAAUUGGAGGACAAUGACUACGUGGACAUGUGCUCCGUCUACAAAACUGAACAUAGGACUCACAUGGAUUGCGAUUGGAAUGACUAGUCUGUCAGAUCGCAGAGCAGCAACUGGAAGAU